AAUAAUGGCAGAGAGGUAGCCAAUGGAUAAAGAAAGUACCGCCGUGUUAUCGUCUGGGGGCGGGGAAGUCGAAAACGGUUUUAACAACCCAAGUUACAACAACGAGAUGGAGACAUCAAACUAUCAGAAUGGGGAUACCACCCAUGGGCGGGGCGAAGUGGAGAUCCGGAAUCUCAACGGAGGAAAAACCCGGAGAAUGAGUUCAUCUUCGGACGAUCCGGAUGACUACGUGAGGUACGGGUGGCUCGGGUUCCGGCCAGGGUGUCUCCAGUUCCUGAACAACCCCAAGGGGUACCUGGUGUUUCUGAGUUGGUUCGCCCUCGUGCAGGGCAUGACGGUGAACGGUUUCAUCUACGUCAUCACGUCCACGCUGGAGAAACGGUUCUCCCUGCCGAGCGUCCAGAGCGGAUCCAUCAGCAGCUGUUACGACUUCUCCGUCAUGGUCAUCAUCGUCUUCGUCACGUACAUUGGUGAGAAAAGCCACAAGCCCAAGUGGCUCGGAACUGGUUCCCUGAUCUUUGUUCUAGGCUCCAUCAUAUUCAUGCUGCCGCACUUCCUGACACCAGACUAUGACGUCAUGCCGUCUGAUGUCGACACGUGCGAUCCGAACCGGGCCGAGGUUCCGGGUUGCAAUGCGGGGGAUACUAGUUUAAGUAACUAUUUCUGGAUGUUUGUGGCGGCGCAGGCGCUGCAUGGAAUAGGUGCCUCACCUUUGUACACACUUGGUGUGACGUAUCUUGAUGAAAACGUCAAUCCGGUGAGCGUGUCACUUUAUGUAGGUGUUUUCCAGGCAGUUACUACUCUGGGUCCAGCAAUUGGAUAUCUUGUCGGUGGUCUGUUCCUAGGAAUAUAUACAGACUUCCCCAAGGAGCCUAACGAAGGAAUAAAUGCAGAUCAUCCACUAUGGAUCGGUGCGUGGUGGCUGGGUCUCGUCAUGCCAGCCUGUUUGGGAAUACUCGUCGUCAUGCCCUUAUAUGGAUUCCCAAGAUACUUGAAAGAUCAUAAGAAAGUGCUUGCUGCAAAAGUGGCUGAGAAUCAGAAAGGGACAGACUUCGAAGCCCGGAGUGAUUCAGGAAUGAUUGGUAGUAUGAAGGAUUUUCCCAUGGCCAUCUGGACACUGUUCAAGAAUCUUCCCUUUAUGUUCAUCAACUUGGGUCUCAUCACAGAGUGGAUGAUUCUAUCCAGUAUAGCUGCAUUCGGACCCAAGUUUUUAGAGUCACAGUUCAAUCUGACAUCGGGUUUCUCAGCGAUAAUAGCUGGCGCCAUCACGAUCCCAUCGGGUCUUCUAGGAGCUCUGAUCGGCGGGUACAUCGUCAAGAAAUACCAGCUAAAGUUCCUGGGUCAGAUCCGGUUGUGUUGCGCCACGCUCUGUAUCUCGCUCUUCCUCAUGGUUGGCUUUAUCUUCAACUGCUCUAGUCUUAAAUUCGCUGGUGUCAAUACGUUAUAUCAAAAUACAUCAUUACCAUACGAAGGAGCAUUCAACCUUACCGCUGAAUGUAACGAUGGCUGUGUUUGUGACACUUCAUACAACCCGGUUUGCGGUUCGAAUAACGUCAUGUAUUACUCAUCUUGCCACGCUGGGUGUGCCGUAAAUGCCGGCAAGAACGCGGAGGGAUACCAGAAUUAUACAGAUUGUGCCUGCAUUUCGCCGCCUGGUUCUGACGUCACCAGUUUUGCAGUGGGAGGCAAGUGUGAGGAUGACUGCUCCACCAUGUGGGUAUUCGUCGGUCUCGUAUUCUCCAUGGCGCUUUUUACAUUCAUUGCUGUGGUGCCAACAAUUACAGCCACAAUAAGGUGUGUUUCGCAUUCACAACGUGCCCUCGCUCUUGGUGUUCAGUCCCUGAUGUACCGCGCCGCAGGGACCGUACCAGGCCCGAUCAUCUUCGGUUCCAUCAUCGACAGAUCCUGCGUCCUAUGGGAGAAUUCCUGCGGUGAUUCCCGACAGUGCUGGUUGUACGACAAUACAUCCAUGAGCAUCAAUGUGUUCAUCCUACUAGCGUCACUCAAACUGGGCUCCAUCUUAUUCUACGUAGCGUGUGCGUUGUCAUAUAGACCGCCACCAAGCGUCGACGACGUGCAAGUGAAAACGCCGUCGUACAACAAGAAGCAGGAAGUCAGCACGGUGUCGACGCUAAAUACAGAAAUGUAGAUUCAGCCAAUACUUUUUUUUUUCAUUUUAGGUUUUGUAUCUUGUUUAUCAUUGAAUAAGGGAAUGUGUUAAUACUAGGUUCAGUACCAUGCAAUCAGUCUAAAGGGAGGACCUUACUGGUAAUCAAUUUCAAAAGUUAAUUACCAUAAAACUUUUAACAACAAUAAAGAGCAAUGGAAAGCUGUUGCUAUUAUAAAACAGUUUCAUAGACAACAUCCUUUCACGUGAUGUUG